CUCCACUGUCCCGCCAUGCCUGGCGAGCGCGGGCGCCGGAAGCGGAAGUUGCCGCGGCCGGCGGAGCCCUACGCGGCCCUUCUGCUUCCGGCAGCGGCGGCGGCGGCCCCGUGCGCCAUGGCGCUCUUCGAGCAGAUGCGGGCUAACGUGGGCAAGCUGCUGCGGGGCAUCGACCGGUACAACCCCGAGAACCUGGCCACGCUGGAGCGCUACGUGGAGACGCAGGCCAAGGAGAACGCCUACGACCUGGAGGCCAACCUGGCCGUGCUGAAGCUGUACCAGUUCAACCCGGCCUUCUUCCAGACCACCGUCACGGCGCAGAUCCUGCUCAAGGCCCUGACCAACCUGCCCCACACGGACUUCACUCUCUGCAAGUGCAUGAUCGACCAGGCCCACCAGGAGGAGAGGCCGAUCCGGCAGAUCCUCUACCUGGGGGAGCUGCUGGAGACCUGCCACUUCCAGUCCUUCUGGCAAGCGCUGGAUGAGAACAUGGAGCUGCUGGACGGGAUCACCGGCUUCGAGGACUCCGUGAGGAAAUUCAUCUGCCACGUGGUGGGGAUCACGUACCAGCACAUCGACCGCUGGCUGCUGGCCGAGAUGCUGGGAGACCUCUCAGACGCCCAGUUAAAGGUCUGGAUGAGCAAAUACGGCUGGACGGAAACGGAGCCCGGGAAGAUCUUCAUCUGCAACCAGGAGGAGAGCAUCAAGCCCAAAAACAUCGUGGAGAAGAUCGACUUCGACAGCGUCUCCAGCAUCAUGGCGUCCUCGCUCUGAGCCCCCGCUGCCGCCGCGCUGCUCCCGGGACACCGUCGUGGCCUCCGUUUUAACCGUUCCUCCUUUUAAUCGCUGUCUCAGUCAGUAAAAGAGACGCUUUGA